CCAGUUUUCCACCCUCCGCCGGCUGUGAAGCGCGAGGAAUCUGCGUGUGCUGCUCUUCUGAGCUGCGUCGCGUUGGUGAUAGGGCCCCUCGUGAGAAGGGAGAAGGGGAGCAUGACCACGGAGAGCGGAAGGAGGCAGGGGGUGGUGGUGGCGAUCGAGUGCGUGGCGGGCGGGUCGCGGGCGGAGGAGUGGGGGCUCGGGAGCAGCGAGACGGUGCAGACGGGGGACGUCGUGGAGGAGCUGCUCAUCGGGGUCGGCGGCCGGGGCGGGCCCGCCGCGCACGCCGCGCCCUUCAAGGGCGGACGCGCCGCGCUGCAGAAGCUGCUGCACGCCGCGUACAAGCGCGGGGACACAUCCGUCGAGGUGCGCGUGCGCCGCCCCGCGCAGCAGCAGCAGCUCGUAGGCGGCGGCGCGGAGCUGGCGGCCACGGCCAGGAUGCACGCUUGCAUCGUGCCGCAGGAGUCCGUCGCCUUCGGCGGCGGCAUCGGCCGCAGCCGGCAGUACGUGCUCCGUUCGAUCCGCGACCCCAACUACGCCGUCGGGCUCGUCGACCGCAUGGAGAGCGAGUGCAUCGCCAUCCGAGGGUCGAGGAGCUUCAGGGUGGUGUGCGCACUGAGUAAGGCGCAGCUGCAGGACGGCUACGUGUCCUACCCGUGGGAGAAGAAGAUGAGGGAAGUGCUCCCGAUCCCCAACUCCACUAGCUUCCUCUCAAUGCUCAUCCUGCCCAUGGCACUCGACCGUGCCGGCUCCCGCUACAACUCCGUAGACGACACCCUGGCCCGCGCCAACGCAUGGAUCCUCUCGUCCCAGGCAUCGGGGGUGCCCAUCAUGUUCUUGAACGUCCAGACCGAGGCCCUCCUCACCAAGAUCUCCGGCGAGACGGCCUCCACAACGGUCAACGCGGGGUCACUGGCCGACCUCCCGAACCUCGCCAACGCCAGCCUUUACGGGUUCGAGGACUACCACGGCGUGGACAUCGGCGUGGUGAAGGCAGUGCGCGUUUGGUACACGGCCGGCGCCGGAGAGAUGCCGGUGGAGAUCACCCUCGACGAGGGCGACACCAGGCUCGGCUUCGCCAUUAGCCGCACCGAGGAGGGUUUCAUCUACGUCUCGUCCGUCAUGGAGGACAACGGCGACCGCCAGGCGCCGUCAACGCGGUCGGGGCUCCGCGACCUCUACCGGGAGGCGAAGCGCGCGUCCAAGCUGCUGGUCAUCUCGAGGGUGUCGGGCCAAAAGGUGCUGCCGUGGAUGGUGUCGACGUCCGGCGCCAUCCGGUGCUUCGACACCGUGUCCCUCAGCCAAAUCCUGUCCCUGCACCGGCACGCGCUGCGGCCGAUCCUGCUCCACGUACUCAUGUGGGACGGCAAGCCCGACGCACCGGCUCGCCCGGGGCGCGAGCCCUGCCCGCUGCCGCUGCCACAACCGUCCCCAGCGUUCGCUGAGCUGCCGCGGCAGAACUCGUUUGCUUGCAUGGAGCAACCGGUGCAGGCGGAGGGAGGGGCCGGGAUCAUGCAGGGGAGGGACACCGCAGGCGACGCAUCCUUCAGGUUCCAUAAUUUCUCGCUGCCCAGCAACUGGGUCUGAUAAACACGCCAACGGGGCACAAGCUGGACACCCUAGUGAGUUGCGGUUUUGUGUACAUAUGUGUAUUUCCACGAAUGGGUUUGUGUUGAGAAAUAGUGUCCCACAUUGCAUGAAGUGUAAUUUUGAUCAAUGAAAUAUUGGCAUAUUUGCUUUGUUUUAGCUGUACUAUAGACACUACAGAAUGCAGUAGGAGAAGAAUAACAGCUUCAGCAUAGAUUUUAAAUAUGACAUUCAUGGACAACAA